CAAGCUUCCUCAAGACUGACCUGAUCCGACCCGACACCAUCACCGCCAGUUUGACGCUCCUACAACCCAACCCACCUUCCGUGAAUCGCUGCGCUGCCCCGCUGCGACCCGAAGAUAGCCUCCUCCUCUUGACAACGAGCUUCCCCUCUGUGGUGCACGCAAACCCCACUCAUAAUAACACGGCCAAGGAAGACACGGCAUAACAAUGGGCAUCAAAGACUUGGCUGUAAGCUAUGUGCUUUUUUCGGCCCUUCAUCUGUGCUGCUUCGCGCUCGCCCUGACCACAUGUGGUCUAUACGGCACCGACCUCCAUCGCGCCAACCAACAACACAAAUACUCAGACUCGAAAUGGGUCUACGCUGUGGUCGUCGGUAGUAUCUCAGCGGUCACAUGUGUUGUCUACUUUGUCCCCUUCAUCCUACGUAUCGCGGGAGUUGUCGUUGCGAUAUGGGACUUUAUCCUCUUCAUCCUCUGGAUCGCCCUCUUUGGUGUCUUUGGAAAGAUGUACAUCAGUGAGGAUGCCGAGGGCGAUAGCGACGUCCAGCGCAUGAAGAACGCUGUGUGGGUUGACUUGGCCAGCGCCCUACUGUGGCUCAUUGCGACUCUGGCCGCCCUUGGAUAUUGGUGGAAGCACCGCGACACGCGAUCGCGCUUUACUGGUCGUGCCCACGUUUGAGCAUAAUCUGCUCGACGAAUUGGCUUUCAAGAGGAGGAAUGAUGGAACCGACAUCGAUAUAAUGGCAGGUUGUGACGUGAUGAGCAGGACAACUCAUGACGGCUACUUGGGAAGCCCGCCGGCGGGCUGCUGGACCGUUCAACCACUGGCUUGGAAUCAAUACCCUCGUUCGCCCCGUUUCAUUUACCCGUACAACGAGCGAGACUUGUUAUGUUCCUGGUUUACUCGUAUCAAACUUAAUCGCACAGUUAUCUACCGAAUUGAGCAUGUUGCAGUUGA